AUGCCGGGCGGCCGCCGGGGGCUCGUGGCCCCGCAAAACACCUUCCUCGAGAACAUCAUCCGCCGUUCGUCAUCGCAACCAGACAGCAGCUUCCUCCUGGCGAAUGCGCAGAUCGUGGACUACCCCAUCGUGUACUGCAACGAGACCUUCUGCAAAAUGAGUGGUUACAACCGCGCCGAGGUCAUGCAAAAGUCAUGCAGGUGCACGUGGAUGUAUGGAGAGCUGACAGAGAAGGAGGCUGUGGAGCGAGUGGACAGCGCGCUGGACCACCAUCUCGCCGACCAAUUCGAGAUACUGCUAUACAAGAAGAACCGCACGCCACUAUGGCUCCUGGUGCACGUGGCGCCGAUACGAAACGAACGGGAGCUGGUUGUGCUGUUCCUGCUCACAUUCCGGGACAUCACCGCCCUCAAGCAGCCAAUAGAUGCUGACGACCCCAAGGGAGGUCUGUCGAAGUUCGCCAAACUGGCGCGGAGCGUUACUCGCUCUCGGUCCGUUCUGGUGUCCGCGCUGCCCGCGCUCAAGGAGCCGCAGCGGCAGAGCCAGCUCGCGCAUGUGCUGUCGCUGUCGGGCGACGUGCUGCCGCAGUACCGCCAGGAGGCGCCGAAGACCCCACCCCACAUCCUGCUCCACUACUGCGCCUUCAAAGCGAUCUGGGACUGGAUCAUCCUCUGCCUCACCUUCUACACCGCCAUCAUGGUGCCGUACAACGUCGCCUUCAAGAACAAGACCAGCGAGGACGUCUCGCUGCUGGUCAUCGACUCGAUCGUGGACGUUGUGUUCUUUAUCGACAUCGUACUCAACUUCCACACGACCUUCGUCGGCCCCGGCGGCGAGGUGGUCAGUGACCCGAAGGUCAUAAGGAAGAACUACUUCAAAUCCUGGUUCCUGAUCGACUUGCUCUCGUGUCUGCCCUAUGACGUGUUCAACGCUUUCGACCACGACGAGGAUGGCAUCGGCAGCCUAUUCAGCGCGCUGAAGGUGGUGCGUCUUCUGCGCCUCGGGCGCGUUGUUCGUAAGCUGGACCGUUACCUGGAGUACGGGGCGGCCAUGCUCAUCCUGCUGCUGUGCUUCUACAUGCUGGUGGCUCACUGGCUCGCCUGCGUGUGGUACAGCAUUGGCCGCUCGGACGCCGACUCGGGCCUGCAGUACUCGUGGCUGUGGAAGCUCGCCAACGUGACGCAGAGCCCCUACUCGUACGUGUGGUCGAACGAGUCCGAUGGGCCCGAGCUGGUGAACGGGCCGUCGCGCAAGACAAUGUACGUCACCGCGCUCUACUUCACAAUGACCUGCAUGACCUCCGUGGGCUUCGGCAACGUCGCCGCCGAGACCGAUAACGAGAAGAUCUUCACCAUCUGCAUGAUGAUUGUGGCAGCGCUGUUGUACGCAACGAUAUUCGGGCACGUGACCACCAUCAUACAGCAGAUGACGUCAGCGACGGCCAAGUACCACGAUAUGCUGAACAACGUUCGCGAGUUCAUGAAGCUGCACGAGGUGCCGAAGGCACUGAGCGAGCGCGUCAUGGACUACGUGGUCUCCACUUGGGCCAUGACGAAGGGACUGGACACGGACAAGGUGCUGAACUACUGCCCGAAGGACAUGAAGGCGGACAUAUGCGUCCACUUGAACCGAAAGGUGUUCAACGAGCAUCCCGCGUUCCGUUUGGCGUCCGACGGCUGUCUAAGGGCGCUGGCGAUGCACUUCCACAUGUCGCACUCCGCACCCGGCGACUUGCUCUACCACACGGGCGAGUCUAUCGACUCCCUCUGCUUCAUCGUCACCGGCUCCUUAGAGGUCAUCCAGGACGACGAGGUCGUCGCGAUUCUCGGCAAAGGCGACGUGUUCGGCGACUCGUUCUGGAAGGACACCGCGGUGGGCCAGUCGGCGGCCAACGUUCGCGCCCUCACCUACUGCGACCUGCACACAAUCAAGCGGGAUAGACUGCUCGAGGUGCUCGACUUCUACCAAGCGUUCGCCAACAGCUUCGCGCGCAACCUCACGCUCACAUAUAACCUGAGACACCGCCUCAUAUUCCGCAAGGUGGCAGACGUGCGUCGCGAGCGCGAGCUGAUGGAGCGGCGGAAGCGGGAGCCGCAGCUCGAGCAGGCUCAGGACCACCUCGUUCGCAAGAUAUUCUCGCGGUUCAGGCGGGAGCGGAGCGUGGCCGCCGCCCCGGGGCCUGCGCCGGCGCGGGCGCAACCCGCCCCCGCUCCGCCCUCGGGGGCCACGCAACCGGCGAAUUCGGGGGCCACGCAAACAGCGAACUCCGGAGCCACACAAACAGCGACGGUGACAGCGGACGCGGAACGGGGUGAAGCCGGCGCUAACCCCGCCCCCGCUGGGCCCAGUGACAAGGCGGCGGUGCGCGGCAAGUGGGGCCGCCUUUUGGCCGGCGGCUCGCUUGACACUGCCGAAGCGCCGCGUACCGCCUUCACGAGGAGCAUGAGCGCCCGCGACAGACCGCCCACUGCGGACGCGCCAUCUCUGUCGACCGCGAACACGGCUACCGCGCUGUCUUUGAAGGCGGCAUUCGCCAGAGGGCGUGCGGCCAGCGUGCUUAGCGCGGCGGUGGCGCGCCGCGACGCCAUUGACGAAGAGCUGGACGAGAAGCGACCAGCGCCGGUGCCGACGCCGAACACAAGCGCUGUCGCCGCCACGACGCCCCCCGCCGGCACGCCCUCCCCACACGACGCCGCCCUCGCCGAGCUGCGACGUGACGUGCGAACAGAAGUGCAGCGGCUACAGCAAAAGCUGGGCCGCGUUGAAGAGCUGCUAACGCUGCUGGCGGUGCGGCUGGGCGCCGAGCCGCCGUCGGACUCGGCGAGCGCCCCCGCCCCCGCGCCGGCACCCGCCCCCGCGCCCGCUCCUCCCCCCGCGUCUGACACGUCCAGCACGGUGCGGAAACGGCGCUCCAAGGCGAGGAGCAAGGGCGCGGCGCCCCAGGUGCCGACGCCGACGUCGCCCAGCGAGCCUCCCGGCAGCCCCGUGGGGGGCGGUGCGGGGGGCGGCGCGGGGGGCGCGGGGGCGGCGGCGCGGCGACGCGAGUUCGUG